GCCAAUUCUCUCCCCUCCACGCAAUCGCCUCGAUCAUUAUUCGAAAUCCUCAAGAUGACUGCCGCUUGGAAAGCCGCUGGUUUGACCUACAACCGCUACCUGGCCGUGGCCGCUGGUGCGGUUCGCAGAUCCCUGAAGGAAGGCGCUCGUCUCCAUGCUGAGGCCCGCGGUCGGACUGACCUGCGAUUUGCCAAAUGGAAGAAUGGCAACCAGGGUGAAUUACAAGAGGCUGCCGCUGCAGCUAAACAAGUUCAGGCCUCUGAGUCCAAAUAAGCGGAGAUAGUCCCUGCGAAACGCCACGAAGAUUGUAUGGAGUGGCUUGAGAACAACUUGGGAAUCGGACGGCGGUGAAAAUAUCAUCCUGCGAUCACCUCUGGGGAAGGAAUUGUAUGUUGUAGCGAAGACCGGUUUAUCUGGCGGACAGAAAUUAGAAAAUACCUGUGUUCU